AUGGGUGAAGUUGAACAAUUUGCAUUUCAAGCUGAAAUUUCUCAGCUUAUGUCUAUUAUUAUCAAUACUUUUUAUUCAAAUAAAGAGAUUUUCCUUCGUGAAUUGAUUUCCAAUUCAUCUGAUGCUUUGGAUAAAAUUCGAUAUGAAUCCCUCACUGAUCCUUCAAAACUUGAAAGUGGAAGUGAACUUUACAUAAGGAUAACUCCUGAUAAAGAAAACAAAGUGCUCUCUAUUAGAGAUACUGGUAUUGGUAUGACAAAGGCUGACCUUGUAAAUAAUCUUGGUACGAUUGCUAGAUCUGGCACCAAAACAUUCAUGGAAGCUCUUCAAUCUGGAGCUGAUAUAUCUAUGAUUGGUCAAUUUGGUGUGGGUUUCUACUCUGCAUACUUGGUUGCUGACCGAGUUCAA